CAUCUGCGUCUGUCAAGAGGUUGGCAGAAAGCUGGCGGAGCUACGUGCAGGUAAAAAGAUUCAAACGACUCCAAAGCACAACUGUUUUACGCGUGAUGGCACAGUGCGGUUAUUUUGCUCCUGUCACGCAAAUGUGUCUUUAAAACGGCGUAAACACUACAAAAACGUCCAUCUGUGAGAAGAAAGUGGCGUUUUAACGCGAGGGGAGGCACGCUUUGUACAACUUGGACAGCUGUGAAGAUCCAGCCAUCAACACAACAAUGAAAGCGUUCAAACGAGCUCUGGAGUCAGAGGAGCUGGGCCUCUCAUCCGCCAUGUCUGACAGUGACGAUGGCUGCCCUCUUGACCUGUCAGCGGCCGGAGCCAAACGAAAACGCCGCGGCAACCUGCCCAAAGAGGCCGUGCAAAUCCUGAGGAACUGGCUGUAUGACCACCGCUUUAACGCCUAUCCAUCUGAGCAGGAGAAACUGAGUCUGUCUGCGAGGACUGGGCUGUCUGUGCUCCAGAUCUGUAACUGGUUCAUCAAUGCUCGCCGCCGCCUCCUGCCUGAUCUGCUGCGGAAGGACGGCAAAGACCCAACCAAGUUCACAAUUUCCCGAAAAGUGGGUCUCAAAGGUGAAGCAAACUCCUCUCCGGAGCGCCACUCCUCCUCAUCCUCCUCCUCCUCCCAUCACCACCAAACCCAGCACCUGCGCCCCUCCGUCAUCCGUUCUGGUCCCACACUUGAUCUCACCGCCCUUGGAAACACAGCAGCAGCCAUUUUGAAUGGUUUUCGAGGCAAAGAAGCUCUGCUCCGAUUGGACACGCAGAGUUUGCUGAGGGAGGCCGAGGAGCAGAACACAGCCAAUCAGAGUAAUGUAUUUAACACCCCACCCCCAACGCCGCCGGAACUCCUUCCCUCUCAUGAUUUCAGCGAUCUAAAACUGCUCGUGGAAGCAGCAUUGCAAAGGGCAGCAGAGCAAGAGAGCCAGAGGAGAGAGGAGGAGCAGGAGCAGAAGAGAGAGGAAGAGGAGGAAAGGGCGGUGAAUGAUCUGAUCCAAACAGAGGAGAGAAAUCUGGGACCCACACCUCCACCAGAAGAAAGUCAGCAGAUCUUGGACCCAUCUCAGGCUCAGAUCCAGAUGGAGAAAGUCAUGUCUUCCCCUCCUCUCUCCGUCGCAUCAGUCAAAGCUCAACCCUCCUCCCUCCCUUCCCCCUCAGUCGUUUUGGCUGCUCCGACGCUCACUAAAGUCAUUUGGAGUGCCUUAGGAAAAGAUAAGGCAACCGUUCAUCCCUCCUCUGCACCUCUUCCUCCCUCCUCUGCACCUCCAGCUGCAUCUCUGCCCUCCUCUAAGCCUUCUCCCACUGUCACUCUCGUCUCCUCUCCUCUGCGUCUUCCUCUGUACCUUCCCAUUCAUAAAUAUGCUCUCCCGUGCCAGUCAGUCGCCAAAUCUUCCUCCACCCAGUCUUCCUUUGCGCCAAUUUCCAGCCAGUCGUCGACUUUAACGCCGAUUCGGAUUACACAGUCACAAGUUACGGCAUCCCAGAGUGCCCAUAGACCAGUCUGGAGCAUGGUGCAUUCAGAAACUAGGCAAACUGGACCGAUUAAAGUUGUGCAGGCACCAAUCGCAGCAGUCUGGACACCAAAACAUAAUUUACACCAAGAAACUGUCAACUGAAAGACACAUUUAUAUGAAAGUUUUGUAAAUAUUGGAAUGUAUUGACUCAAGAUUUGUUUUUUUUUUUUUUUAAAGAGACAUUUUAGACUUGCAAAACUGUACAUUUCUUGUCGGGUCUGGCACCAGCAGCACACGUCUGUAGCAGUCUUGCUGAAUGUAAGAACAAUUUCCUCUUUGCAGAAUCCCAACGCUGGAUACAUGUAUUUUUGGACAUUUUAUCAAAGUUACAAAAUUUUUGCUUUGUGAAGUUGUCCUCAUCACUCCCAAUUUUUAAACUUGAGCUACUUAAAGUGGAACUCUAUUUCAGUAGACAAAUUGACUGAAGUUGUUAUUCAUCAUUCAGUUUAAAGGCCCAGAUUACACUAUGUGAUGAGGAAACUCCAUUAGAACAUAGAUCAGGAAAAAAAACAUUCUUGGAGUUCUGUCUCGUUUUAUUCACACAUGUAUAAAACACGCAUGUUCCUCUCAAACAGAAAACACUGUUCCAUUUUGUGAUGUCAUGUGGUGAAACAGGAAGUACUCCUAUGUUUUUAAACUCUAUACAUCUUCACUAGAAUCAUUUGGCAAUUCCAGAGCUGAAAUGAUCCAAUCUCUACAACAGUAGCUUUUAACAUGAACUACCAUUUCAUGAAAUAACAAGGUGGAACAGAGCAUUCUGAGCUUUGAGUAAUCCUUUAUUAUUAGUAUGUCUGACUCAACACAACUGCAGUGCAUGUUUUUGAUGAGGUCACCACAUUGUAACAUGGCUUGGAGUCUAUUUUAAAUAUAACAUGGCACCUUUUAAACCGUGCUAUGUGACAGAAAUGGUUUAAAGCAUCAUCUGGUCAUCGGUUUAAGUCAGCAUGGCACAAAACAAGAAUUAUUUUUAAAUUUUCUUUUCAAUAAUCUCUUCAGUUAUAUAUUUUUUAUCUGUUUAAAAAUAUUGAUGGUUUAAAAUACAAAUGGUUUUAAUAAUCUUAAAUUGCAGCUUUGCUUUAAAAUUAGUCUUUAAUUUCAGAAACCUCUCAGUGUUCUUGUGAAUGUACAGUCUGCCAUGUUCAGUCCCGGGUUAAGUACCAGCAGAACUAGAAGUGGUUUUGAAUGUAGCAACACUUUGAAUUUCACUCAAAAAAUCUCAAAGCGAGAGAAAUGCAUUUUUAGAUGUUUUGUUUCAAACAAAUUUGCACAAGUUUUAUUUACACUUUUUUUUUUUUUUAACAUUAUGUUUAGAUGUGAGUUUUUCUUAGUCCAACAGUCCUACAAGUGGCUAAUCUCUCACAUAACCAGCAUCUUAACCAGAUAACCAGCAUUUUGCCAGAUAAGAUUAGAUUUCUUCUGUCAUUUUUUAAAACAUGUAUUAAUUUACCAUGUUUCUCCAUUUGAGGAAAUGAAGAUAAUUGGUCAGAUAAUUUCCAUUUUAACAUCACAUCCUCUGUAAUUGUAUCCGUUCUCAACAAUAAUGACCUCAAAAUGUCUUAAGCAUUAACAGCUGUGUAUCUAGGAUUGUAUUUGUAUAUUUGCAUCAUUCACAUUUUUGUAGUUUCUAUGAAACUGUCUCAUAUAAAGGCUGGAUUUUUACACCAAUUUUAACUUUAGUGUUCAAAUCCAGAAUGCUACUGUAAAGAUUCUUUUAUUUUAUUUUGCUAAACAUGUUCACACUUUUUUUUUUUUGUCAAUUUCAGAAAUGUAUUCUGUUCACUGCCAAACUGUCAAAAACACGUCUUCUACACUAUUUACAGAUGACCUCACCACAUGUUGUAGUUUAAUCAUAUUUAAUACAGAUGGGAGCAGCUAAAAUGAAUCUUGUUAAAAUGCAGAUUUUUGUUGUAAUACGGUGAGUUCUUGAGUCUAGUCACUCAGAAAUGUUCAGGUUCAACAUUUGGGCAUUUACCUAAUAUUUCAUGGCAAAGUACCACCAAUAAGCUACAAACUGAGAAUCAUUGCUGAUGAAAUUAACUGUUUAAGAGCACAAUUAUUCACAUAGACGGUUAAUAAUUUCACAUGUUUUUGUCAUUUUACAAACCUUUUUAUAUACCUCAUUUUCUAAAUUUUAGUUUGAUGUUGGUUUAUUCUUUAGAUCACAGUUAAAAUGCCUCAAAUCAUGUCAGCAAAAAAUUGUUUAAAAAGUUUAGACUGAGAAACAUUUAAUACGUGUGUUUGUAUAUAUAUUUGACUUUUCAUACACGUUGGCAUGAAUUUUGUUGUGUUUUUAUUCAUAUUUUCUGAAUCAACUGAAUGU